AUGAAGGGUGUAUUCAAUUUGUCGUUAGGGCGUUGUUCGCUGAGAAUGUUGUCCACUGGAAGUAAUGGUUUGUCAAGGAUAAGAAAUAUUGGUAUCAUAGCACAUAUUGAUGCUGGUAAGACAACUACUACAGAGACUAUGCUAUAUUAUUCUGGUAAGAUUAAUAGAAUUGGUAAUGUUGAUCAAGGUGACACCGUUACUGAUUUUCUACCACAAGAGAGGGAACGUGGUAUCACUAUUCAAAGUGCCGCAAUUACAUUCAAUUGGCAAAAUAACUAUAAAAUAAAUCUGAUUGAUACACCAGGUCAUGCUGAUUUUACAUUUGAAGUUAUAAAAUCUUUAAAAGUUCUUGACGGAUGCGUAACUAUUUUAGAUGCAGUCGCAGGAGUAGAGGCUCAAACUGAAAAGGUUUGGAAACAAUCAACAGGAUUGCCUAAAAUAUGUUUUAUUAAUAAAAUGGAUCGAAUAGGUGCUGGGUUUAGUAGAACUGUUAAAGAGGUGAUUGUUAAAUUGAAACAACGAGUGGCAGUUAUUAACACUCCUCUUUUCAGAACUACGACUAUUAAUGGCAUGAAGGAAGAUAUUUUUAAUGGUGUUUUAGAUAUUGUUAACAUGAAAAAGAUCACCUGGGAUUCUGAAAAUCCAGAUGACAUUAAAAUUGAAGAUGUCACAGGAACAAUAAACAAGGAUCUUUACGAAACACUAUCCAGAUCAAGAGAAUCUUUAAUUGAGAAAUUAGGUGAAUUUGAUGAGAAUAUAAUCUCCUACUUUCUCGAAGAAGCAGAAGGAGACUAUUUUAAAGUUCCUCCAUCGAUAUUAAACGAAUCAAUCCGCAAAGCUACUUUGGCAGGCUAUGUAACGCCAGUUCUAUGUGGAUCUUCGUUUAAACAUAUUGGAGUUCAACCUUUAUUGGAUGCUAUUGUCAGCUAUUUACCUUCACCAAUUGAGGCUAGGCCACCUGAAGUCAAUAAUAAGUCAAUGAAACUGGUUAUCGAUCCAUCAAAUGGAAUGGUUUUCGAUAAUAAUAAAAAUAUAUCUGUUGCAUUAGUCUUUAAGGUUAUUAGGGACAAAAUAAGAGGAAUGAUGGCAUUUGUUCGUGUGUAUUCAGGUUCCUUGAAAAAUGGUCAUACUGUUUUAAAUUCUUCGUCUAAAAAGUCUUUUAAAAUAGGGAAGCCAGUGUUAAUGAAUGCAAAUAUACCAGAAGAUGUUCAAGUAUUACACACUGGUGAAAUUGGUGUAUUAACAGGUACUUCAAUCAUUGGAAAUUUAGAAACUGGUGAUACUUUGAUUUCUGAUUCAAUAAGAAAGAGUGGUAUAAAUGCAAGUAAUAAAGAGUUACUGGAUUUAAAAAUUAAUCCUAUAAUUGUCCCUCCGCCUGUUUUCAGUGUAGUAGUUGAACCGAAAACGUUGGGAAAUAAGGCAUCCAUGGAGGCUUCUUUACAGGCAUUAAUCAUGGAGGAUCCAAGUUUGCAUGUAACAAGAGACGAAGAAUCAGGUCAAACAAUGUUAAGUGGUAUGGGUGUACUUCAUCUUGAAAUUGCCCGUGAUAAACUGCUGAAUGAGUUAAGUGCAGAUGUAAAUAUUGGUAAGUUAAUGGUGUCUUACAAAGAAACGUUAGAAACUCCUACUGACAUUGCGGAAUAUGUAGAUGAUAAAGGCUAUUCAUUAUCUGUCAAGGUAGAACCGGUCCUUUGUGAUAAUGAUCAUAAGACACAAUUUACUGUAAAUAAAAUAAUUGAAAAGCCUGGUGAAAUUUGGUAUCCAUUAGGAAUCGAUAACAAUUACCUGAUCAUUGAAAAGAAUAAUCUGACAGAGGCCAGAAAUCUUAAAUUUUGGCCUUAUUUAAUGUCCUAUGAUAUGAUUUUAAAUGCAUUAUCUUCAAGUUCUAUAGCUGCAUUACAAUAUGGAGGGAAGCUAGGAAAUUUUCCGUUGUUUUCAUGUGCAAUUAGGGUUUCUGGAGAUAUUAAUAUACCGAAAGAUGUUAGCAAGCCUAACGAAUUACUAUCAAUUUCUAGAAAAUUAAUAUUGAAGACUCUAAACCAACUAAAUGAAAACAGUUUUUCAGUACUAGAGCCAAUUAUGAAAAUCGAAGUGACAAUACCUCAAAAAGCUAUGGGUAAUGUAAUGCAAGAUUUAACUGGAAGCCGUAAAGCGAUAAUUUUAUCUAUUGAUGAUGAAACCGAAAUAAUAGAUGGAAAAAAUGGCAGUAAUGUUGAAUUCAAAGAAUUAGCCGAAAAUGAGUACCUCCCAUCUGAUAUAACAUUAAAGAAUGCCAAUUUGAAUGAUGAUUCUUCAAAUUUGAAAAUUAUUAAAGCCAGUGCUCCAGUAAAAGAAAUGAUGUCAUAUUCUACUAAACUACGAGGUUUGACAGAAGGCCGUGGCUCUGUAUAUUCAACUUAUCAUGGAAUGGAAAAGGUUCCCUGCGAUCACUUGGAAUCGAUAUUGAAUGAAUAA